AUGAGUUCUCAAUCUUUGUGGACUGAACAUGUUUCCAAAGAUGGAAGGAAAUACUAUUACAAUCAAAAGACUAAGAAAUCGCAAUGGGAGAAGCCAAAUGAACUGAAAACUGAACAAGAAUUAAUAAUAGAGGCUAAAACUAAGUGGCGUACCUUUGCAACUGCCGAGGGUAAGGUAUUUUACUACAACACCGAGACCAAAGAGAGUGUUUGGGAGGUACCUGAAGAGGUUAAGAAUCUGUUGGCAGAAGAUAAUCUCCUUGGAACAGUCCAAGAUAAUACCAAGGCAGCCUUCAUGACCUUCCUCGAGAGCUUUAAUUUUACUCAAAAAACUACAUGGGAUAAUGCUCUCAAAUUAUUAGAAGCGGAUCCUAAAUGGCCUGUAUUUUCAAUAUUAUCAAAGGGAGAUAAGAAGCAGUUGUUUUCUGAGUUUUGUAGCCAAAUUCACCGUCGAAAACAAGAGGAACAGAGGAAGAAGAAGGGUAUGCUAGAGGAGGUGAUGAUUCGUGAGUUGCUGAACUGGGAAGAGUUGUCUUACGCUACGGUUUACGCAGAUUUUUCGAAGCAGUUUCACACCGCUGAGUGGUGGGACUGGGGUGACGAAGUUACCAGGGAUGCUAUCUUUCAGGAAUUCAUGGAAAGGGAGGAGAAUAAACUGAAGAAAAAGCGUAAGGAGACAAAAAUCGCAGCCAUGGACACUCUAAUUGACGUCAUGACUAAGGACUACACUCAGGAACUUAUUCCCUGGGAAACCGCCAAGGCCAAGUAUCUUGGCUUUCAAGGCCUUUACAACAUCGAUGUGCUUAACUCUCACAAAUAUGUAUUUAAAGAGGUUUUCGCUCAGAAAUAUAAGGAAGCUCAGAGGACUUCCUUUAGAUUACAACGGAAAAUUAGGCAAAGAUUUUUAACAUUUUUACAGACCAUGGUCGAGAAGGGAGAGAUAGAUAAGAAUACUAAAUUUUCCGAUUUUAUUUCUAAUCACUCUACCGAGGCUGUUUAUGUUGAUCUUGUUGGUCAGGCCGGAUCAACUCCAAUUGAUUUGUUCACUGAAAUUCAGCAAUCAUUGGUGAGUAAGGAGGGAUCAGUGGAAUCAUGAGUUGGGAGUUGACCCGCUGAGUACUGGAGUUUCACUAAAAUU